UCUUUACGACAUAAAAACAGAAAUACUAAGUUUAAGGCAGAAAAAUAUACUAAUGUGCUUCCCAUAGUGGUCACUAGUGACAGGACUUCAGCUAUAUUGAGUGGGGUUUCAACAGGCAGCCAUGAAAAUGUCAGUGAGAAAAAAAAGCGUGACAUUUAUUUGCCUUUGUUUUAAAGAUUUAACCUUAAGAAAAAAAUCUGAAAGAAAAUUGCCUUUUCGUCUUGUGCUGAAAGUAAACUACUUAAUAGUAUUUAGACACAAGACUACUGAAUACUGCGCAUAGAUUUUCAACGAAAUGUUGGUUCAUGCAGAUCCAGUUUUCAGAUCCGCUCCAUUUUUCUUGAUUUUUAGCAACAGAAUUUCACAAAAGCACAACAUGAACAUCCGUGAUAAAACAUUCUGAAUUAAUUCAAAAAAUUAUCUUACAAUUAAAUGUACGUAAACGAGAGCUAAUAUAAAAUACUGGAUAACUUGUGCCCGAUUAUUUUUGUAAUUCGAAAUGGAACUGUAUUUUGUAAAGCUAUGGGGGACGAAUUUAAUGAACGUACCUAUCAGGGGUCACCUAUUUUCUUCCCCCCAAAAAAUGUAAAUGAAAGCGAUCAUUUAGUAAAUUCAUGGCAUUUCGAGAAUUCAACAGUGCUUCUUGUUCGGCGAUUUUACAUUAUGAGGAGGAAGAUUUGUCUGGAACCCAGAACAGCCCGGACAUUUCUCCGGUGGCUGUCUUCGUUUGCCUGUCGGCCUGGUCCGGAUGGUUCUUCAUGGCAAAACAAACAGCAACGAUCUCUGAAAAACAAGAUAAGAAACACAGGUAAAAGCAGGAGACAGCCAUGUCCAGCAGUCCUCGAUCAUUUUGACCAGCAGUACAGUGAAGAACUGGGAGACUUGUGGGCCUCUGCAAGAGCAGUGCUGCUGGACCCUCCGUCCUGGCAGUAUGGGGUCAUGUUGAACCGCUUCAGCUCUGUGACAGAUAUCACACAGAUUCUUCAGUCUCAGGGCUUUUCAUCACUGCUGCCACAGACAGACGUCUCAGAGCUGCUUCAUAACAAUGACUCCGCUGUGUCUAAUUCUCCACGUCAGGAAGGAAAAGACACUCUCUCACCUCAUUUCUCAAAACGCCCUCCUGAGGACGUUGGUCUCCUGCCCUACACUACCUCUCAUGCAUUCAGUCAGGCCCAUCAGUCUGAGCGUCCACCCAAAUUUCCUCCUUCCUCAUUACAAUGUUACGUCCACCCACACCCCCUGCGAUUUCCCUCGCAGGCCCACCGGCCGGGCCAGCUGAAGCAGUACUACCUCCUGAAUGCUGCCUCGCUUCUUCCAGUGCUGGCUUUGCAAGUGAGAGAUGGUGAUAAGGUUCUGGAUUUGUGCUCUGCCCCCGGAGGCAAAGCUGUCGCCAUAAUGCAAAGUGCAACUCCAGCUCUUCUCUGCUGUAAUGAGCCAGAUCCUCACAGACGGGACUGGCUGGCCAAAACCCUGGAGUCCUUUCUGCCUUCCUCCCUUUGCAGCAGAGUGAUGGUGUCUGCACAGGACGGCCGCUUCGUUGGGCAAAGCGAAGCCGGUUUUUAUGACAAGGUUUUAGUUGAUGCUCCUUGUUCUAAUGACAGGAGCUGGCUGCAUUCUAGCGACAAACUCCGGGGGCAACAGAGACUAGAAGACAGAGCCAGGCUGCCGGAGCUACAGACUCAGCUUCUAAGGUCCGCUAUAUCUGCAGUGCGUCCGGGGGGUGUUGUCGUCUACUCAACCUGCACACUGUCAAGCUUGGAGAACUGCGCUGUAGUUGAGGCGGUGCUGAAAGACUUCCCUGAUGCUGAAGUUGAAAAUCUGUGGGAAGAGAUCGCUUUGCCUCUGUCAAAAUACUUUGCCGUUAUUUCACUCCCUGGUCAGAAACAGACAGAGCCCAAGCCGUCCCUGCAUCCACUGAUUGGCUCUGCAUCCACUUUUCAUCAUAAGCUCGGCAUUCUGGUGGUUCCCCAGCCUGGCAGGACCUGGGGGCCAAUGUUUUUGUCUCGAAUUAGAAAAAAGAGAUAGAGUCUGACCGCCAGAACAAAGCAGAUAGGUGAAAUGCUACUUCUCCGAGUCCUGUAUCAAUUCUUGAACGUCUUUUAGCACAAAACUAUAGAAGUUUAGACAUUCAGAUGUAAACACAUCAGAGCAUAAAGGUUUUAUAAAAUUUCUAAGGUAAGGAACACUAUUUGUAGUUGAAGUUCAUCUGUCUAAGAGUGCUGUGUGAGAUUUUACCUUUAAGCAGCAAAUAAAAAGCAAACAUGGCUCUUAUCUCCCAUUCAUACCUCCUGCAAUCUUCAUCAGAGACAGAUUUGUGUUUGCUGAAUGCUAAUCGGUGUUUAAAAUCAAGAUGCAGCAAAUGAUCAUGUGACGGUAACAGAGCUGAUUUUACCCAUAAAAUAGCAGAAAAUUCUAAUUAAGGUUAUUAGGAUUGUUUUAGUUGUGGAACAUUAAAGCUCACUUGUUUGCCAUCCAGUCUGAAUCUGGACCAGACUGGGUUUUUUGGAUCAAAAUAAUUUAUGUGAAGCAUUUCUUAUCCACAGAAGAGUAGAUAUCUACAUGUUGAAAAGUCAUGGACAGCUAGAAAUAAGCUUUUUAUAUGCACUUAUAUGGCUAUAUACAUUUGUGUACAGAAAACUUUUUCUUUAAUAACAGUUGAGAUAUGAGUUUUCCAGGAAGGAGUCUUGCUGUGCAUCAUUUUCUUUUUCCGUUUCUGCCAUAAAAAAUACAAUGCUCUUUUCAUGGUAGUAAGAUGUGAUGAACAUUUUUGCUUGAACCUUCUCCAAAUUUCAGACACAGCUGAAUGUGAAGAAAAAAUACAUACUAGCCCCAUUCUGUGAUGAUUUAUCUUCAUGAAGGCGCUUUAUACGCGUUUCCUUUAUUUUCUGGUCUUCAGGCGCUCCCUUUUACCUGGAAUAUAAAUCUUCUAUGUGAAAAAAGUUCCAUUAGUUACAACAAUGUAAUGUUAAUGUUUAUUCAUAGAGUCGCUGCAAAAUCACAGACUGGCAUCGUCCCUCAGGAGUCAUUCCACAUUGUGGAAACCUAAAUAUCAUCUCAGCAUUUCUAUAUAUUGUGACCUACGGAACAUCUUUAAGAAACAACAGGCUAUUUUUAUUGCAGAAACUGAAAAGUGGCAUAAAGAAUGUCUCACAAAGGUGUACGUUUAAUAAGAUAAAUCAGUAUAAAUAGAAAUGUCACAAAGAUUAUCUGUUCCUUUUCCCUGCUCUUGUCUGAAUGAACACAGGUUUUAAUUUUCCCUGUCGGUAAUCUUACAUCUGUCAGGUCUGUUAUUACACUGUACCUCCUCUCAGUGCAGCGGAGAGACGAUCGUAUCAUCUCUUGUGGGUUAUUAAGUUGAAGGACUGCACUUGAGUCAUGCUUGAGCAAAAAGUAGACACAGUUUCAUCGUGGCGCUGCAGCUUUUCAUUAGACUGUAAUUGCUCUGGUCUGAGGCAAAGGUGCAUUUAAGGUAAAUGCAUGUAGUUCACAUUCUGAGCGUUUCAGGACGAGAAAGUAUGCUGUUGCGUAGGUAGCGUUGUGUGGAAACUCUGUGCACUCAAAUAUAAAAGAGCUGGUGUUUGAGAGCAAAUCCCCGUGAGACACAGUCGUAGAGAUGAUUGCUGAAAUAAGAAAGCUGCAAGAGCUUCAUAACAGCCUCAUCCACUGCUUCCUUUUGGUCAUAUAGACACAAGCAAUAUUUGCUGCACUUAUAUGGCUAUUUUUGUGGACUGCCCCAGUUUUUCUUUACUUUUCCAGUUUUUUUUAUUGAAAAGUGACUCCUGUCUGAAACGGGAAUGCCAUUACACCACGAAAACGGCAACACCAAUUAAAAUCGGCGAGAUGUGGAGAUCAUGCGACGCUUCAUUGGGGUUAACUAUGUUGCUGACCUUUGAGUGAACCCUGGUUUGUUGAUGGUGCCCAUAUUGCUGCGUUUCCUCAAGGGGAGAAUCUCUAAGCAGCUUUUCCUCCACUUCAAAGGCAGCGAAUGUAGGCCUGCUUUGCAUAAUCAGGUGGAGAGCUGCUUUUUGCCAGAGAGGCAGGAAUUAAUUUGUGGCACCACCAGAUGUAAUCAUUAAAACCUUAGUCAUUGACAAUAAAGGGAGAAGAAGAGGGAAAAUUAGAAAAGGAAUUGUAGAACAGUAAAUGGAGUUAUAAAGCAAUGUGGAGCACAGGAUGGUGCCGAAUGCCACAGGAAAGCAUAGCAAAGCGGAAUAAUCUGAGCUCAGCUAGGAGGGUUUUUUUAUCCAUUCUGGCAACAUUCUCUGUUUGGACAUGCUGGCAUGAAGUUAAUCCUUACUUCCCUCCUAACCAUUCACUAUGUGUAUUUCAUCAUAUUGGUUGUGUACAAAACGUUGAAGUAACAUUCAGAAAUGGAUCCAAAUUUUAAGGUACUAUAUGCCAACAAAACUGCAAGCCACCUAGUUAUCUGUUUAUAGGUUUCAACAUGACACUCGCAGCCUCCGGGGGGGAUCUUAUCGUCCAGUUUCACUGCGGUCAUUAACGUUUUUAACAGCAGGGAGCUGUUUUCCAGAGA